GGUGGGCAUGCUUGUUAACACAAAUUAAUCACCUAAAAUACAAACGAAGGUCAAUAAACCUGUCUCAAACUGAACUAUAUGCGUGCAGAGUAAUUAAAGGGAUUUUUAUGACUGUAAUAGAUCUGAAAGACACUGACACAUUAAAGAGUUAAACAUUAAAAAAGUAUAAAAACAAAUGAAUUUGUAAAAAAUAUCAACAGUUAUCUGUAAACUCUUAAACAGAAAUCAACCAAACCUAAACUUAAUAAACAUGUACAAAUCUAUUGCUUGCAUUGCUAUCUUCUGCUUGGCUACUGUCAGCGCUGGACUCAUUGAAACCCAUCAUGUUGUCCAGGAACCUGUCUUAGCUAAGGUUGGAUCUGUUGUCCAUUCUGCUCCAUCGGCUGUGUCACAUCAAAGUAUUACCCGUUAUCACAACAAGGCUGUUGUUACCCCAGUUGUUACACCUGUCGUAAAGACUACCGUUCAUGCUGCCCCUGUUGUGUCUGUGGUUAAGACUGCCCCUGUUGUUCAUACCGCUCCUGUUGUACAUGAAUAUGUCAAGUCGGCUCCCGUUGUUCACACCUAUGCUGCUGCACCCGUUGUACACUCUGUCCAUGCCGCCCCUGUUGUACACAAAACUGUACUUCCCGCAUCUUAUAGUUUCCAUCAUUAUUAUUCACUUUUAGGGUGUUUUCAAGUAAAUAACAUACUUUUAUUCAAAGUUCCUCCAAAAAAAAUUAAAAUGUUCAAAUUUGUUUCCUUCUUUGCUUUGAUUGCCGUUGCUGUGGCUGCUCCUGGUUUUGUGGCUGAAACUCAUGUUGUUCAACCUGUAGUAACUAAAGUGGCUCACACUGUACCCUCCGCCGUUUCCCAUCAGAGUUUCUCUCAAGUUCAUAGCAAAACUCAUGUAGUUACUCCUGUAGUGAAAACUGUUGCCGCUCCUGUUGUACAUACUUAUGCUGCCGCUGCCCCCGUCAUCAAAACUGUAGCCACUCCAGUAGUCCACACUUAUCAUGCUACCCCUGUUGUGAAAACUGUACACUCUUAUCAUGCCGCUCCCGUAGUAAAAACUGUUGCUACUCCAAUUGUUCAUCACACCUAUGCUGAAGCUGCUCCUGUAGUCAAAACUGUUGAACCUGUUAUCCCAGUAGUUAAAACUGUAGCCACUCCAGUAGUCCAUACCUAUGCUGCCGCUGCUCCCGUAGUCAAGACUGUUGAAACUGCUGUUCCUGUAGUCAAAACUGUUUCCCAUCCCAUUGUCAAUCAUGCUGUUUCCCAUCAAAGUCAUGCCAUAACUCAUCACCAAAAAACUGUUGUUACUCCAGUAGUUAAAUCUGUAGUUCAUGCUACUCCCGUCGUUAAAACUCUUUAUGUUCAUUAAGUAUUUCAAUGAGUGAAUGAUCGAGUUUAGAUUUUUGUUAAAAUAUUUGUUGUUGAUUAAUUUUCGAUAAUAA